AUGCGGAUUGAAGACGACAAGAUUACACGAAUGGUUUCUCAGCGACCAGCAGGGGGCAGCAGCGACAGGAGGUCGUACACCCCAAGGAACAACGGCUGGAGACACCAACCAUACAACCGCCAGGGUCAGGUACAAAAUGUCAAUCAAUAUGAUGAUACUAACAGUGUUUACAGGAAUGAACGGGUAGUGUAUCCCCCCAUCUCCGAGUAUGGCUUCAACGUCGACAUCGGAGGCGUGGUAAACGCCCUUCAAAGUGUAGGUGGUACCGUCAGAUGGCCUAAGAAGAGUGACAGACCAGACUCUACGAAGGACAUGAGCAGGUGGUGCGACUUCCACCGCGACAAUGGCCACACAACCGAGGAAUGCAUCUCCCUCAAAAAGGAGGUGGCGUAUCUAUUGAAAAGAGGCCACCUGAAGGACCUACUGAGCGACAAAGGAAAGGAGACGUAUAACAAGGAUAGCAGCUCCCAACCCAACCCAGCACCAAGCGGCGACCGACCAGCCCCGCCCACGUUCGAAAAAGUGGUAAACGUUAUUUCUGGUGGUUCAGAUAUAUGUGGACUAACUUCUUCUGCAGCUAAAAGAAUCAACAGGGGCGAAUCUGAAGCCGUCAAAGAGGGGCAGACCGAAGACGAAGUAGCACUCGACAAGUCAUUAGCGGCGAUGAUAAUAACCUUCGACGACUCAGAUUCAACCGACACAAUACAGGAACAUCAUGACGGGCUAGUCAUAUCGCUCCCAAUAGGCAACGCUCUCAUCAAAAGGAUAUUGAUCGACAACGGCAGUUCAGCAAACGUAUUGUUCCUAGAGGCUCUGCAGGAAUUGGGACUAGACGAAAAGAGUAUAAUCAGAAGGUCGACAGUCCUAGUAGGAUUCAGUGGAGAAUCGCUACGAACAGUAGGAGAGAUAUCGCUGCCUACGUACGCAGAAGGUGUUAAUGUGAUGACCAAGUUCAACGUCGUCGACUGCCCAUCAGCAUACAACGUCAUUUUGGGACGACCAUGGAUCCACAAAAUGAAGGCGGUGCCGUCGACAUACCACCAGUCAAUCAAGUUCCCAACCAAAUGGGGAGUCAUGGAAAUCAAAGGACAACAAAGGGACGCAAAGAAAUGUUAUGAAACGGCGCUGAAACCAUCAAAGUCAUCCAUCUAG